GUUCAGAUAUAGAAUAAUUAAGGCAUCACAAUGUCACAUAGAAGGCCUCAUGAAAUAUACGUCUGGAAACUAUUCAAUUAGGCCAUAGCUAUUCAUCGACCGAAUUUAUCAUGGCAUAUUCGACAAGUUUGGGAUAACAUAUGUGGAUCUGGCGGCAUAAGGCAUUUUUGUGGGUUUUUACUAGUGAGAGAGUUUUGAAAAAUUGUCUUUUGUGGCUCGUGAAGAAACGUGGAAUACAAUAACAAGGUUUUUACGGAGAGAAAAAGCCACAAGUUUUAAUAUUGAGGUUAAUUUUUUCAGCGAAAUAUGGUGUGGACAAAAAAUAUGUGUGCUGAUGUUCUAUGGCUUUGAAAAUACACCUUCGUGAUAAUAUAGCCGAGCCAUAGUCACAAAGUUUUACUUCGUUUCAGCAGAUUUAGUGAUUUUAUCAAAAGCAUAGAUAUCUUAGACGUUAGAGAGAAGUGUUACGAGCAAGGCCAAUGGUGUAUGAAUGAGAUAAAGGAUAUGUAAAUCAAACGAAAAAUGGAUAAGACAAAUAACAUUUAACAGGUAAAAAACACUUCGUCACUGCCAGUCUUCAACUUGACAUAACGGAUAACUUGUGUAGAAAUUCAAGGUCAUUAGAUGGGGAAAACAGCUUAUCAAAAGUUAGAAAAUGAAGAAGAAAAAGAGAAAAAAGUUAACCCUAAACGCAAUGCUAACAUCUUUUCCAAAAUUACCUUCUCAUGGAUGAACAAGAUUUUUGUCAUUGGAAGCAAAAGACCACUAGAAGAACAAGAUCUUUUUCCUUUACUAGAUGAAGAUAAAUCUGAUGUCCUCACUGAUCGUUUAGAGAAGGAAUGGGGGAAAGAACUAAAGAAAAAAGAACAAGGAAAAAGACCAAGAUUUUGGAAGGCAUUAAUGAGAGUGUCGCCGUGGUCGGAAUAUUUCUGCAUCAUCAUGCUUGUAUUAACUGAUAUGGCCAACCGAAUGACCUUGCCUGUUCUCUUAGGCUUUUUAAUAUCUUAUUUAAUGGGCAUAAGAGACCUAGGAGCGUCUUUCAAGUAUAUUCUACCCACUGGAAUAUGUAUCACAUCUUUAGGAAGGAAUCUUGCUCAACAUCAUUAUCAAAAUCGCUCGGCGUUACUUGGAAUGAGAUUUAGAGCAGCCACUACAGGAAUCCUUUACAGAAAGGUGUUGCGCAUGAGUAAAAGCAAACUCGCCAAGAUCAGUUCGGGUCACGUGAUUAACCUUGUAUCCAAUGACAUCCAGCGCCUCGACCUGGCAACACAGAACCUCUUUGCCUCGUUACGAUCUCCGUUUGACCUCGUUGUGCUGGGAAUUCUCUUGUGGAUUCUAAUUGGAUGGCAAGCUGUCACUGGUCUGGCCUUCGCACUCAUUCUCAUUCCCUACGAGGCCGAGAUGACAGGCUGGGUUGCUAAGUUAAGGAUGGAGUCCGCACGCGUGACUGAUCGCAGGCUUGAGGUGAUGAAUGAGAUUAUUUCUGGUAUAAGGGCCGUUAAGAUGUAUGCAUGGGAAUGGCCCUAUAGGGACGCUGUCAAGAAAAUCAGAAGGGCCGAAAUUCUCAUCAUGCGGAAGAUAUACGGUAUUCUUGCCAGCUUUGCCUCGUUACAACAUACCUACGACAGCGUCAUCUGCCUGAUUGCAUUCGUUACUCUAGUUUUCACCGGAACACGCCUUACUCCAUUCAACAUCUUCACCAUGGUUGGUCUUCUAAGCGAGAACAGACGCUCUCUUGUGUACGGGCUCACUGAUGGCAUGCAGCUUAUCGCAGACUGUUUCGCAUCGCUAGAUCGUAUUGAACACUUUUUACUUAUUGAAGAGCUUGCAAAUGGAAAAAAUGGAAGGCAUAGCAAAAAGAAAGACUCGUUCAAAGAUCAGAAGCCGAAAGAAGAAGGCAACUACAUCAAAGCCACUGACUUAACAUGCCACUGGAAUGGACUCAGUGAAUCACCGGUUCUCUCCAAUAUAAACCUGGAGUUAAAGGAUAGCAAACUCGCGCUUAUCACUGGACCAGUCGGCUGCGGCAAGUCCACGUUACUCCUGACCCUAUUAGAAGAGUUGAUGCCUACCUCAGGAGAAAUACAGAGGAAAGGAAGUAUUGUUUAUGUACCACAGACUGCGUGGGUUUUUAGUGGUACAGUAAGAGAGAAUAUCUUAUUUAGCAAGCCAUAUGACGAGAAGAGAUACAAAGAGACCAUCGAGGCUUGUGAUCUGACCAAGGAUAUCGAGAGGCUCCCUGACGGGGACGAGACAACCCUGGGCGAGCGAGGAGCAAGCCUAAGUGGAGGCCAGAAAGCACGUGUUAACCUCGCGCGUGCAGUAUACGCAGAUGCAGAUAUAUACCUUCUUGAUGAUCCGCUAAGUGCCGUAGAUGCUAAAGUAGGCAAGCAUAUUUUUGAGACUUGUAUCUCAGGGAUGCUUAGUAACAAGAUUCGUGUCUUGGUCACGCAUCAGCUGCAGUAUCUGAAGAAUGCUGAUUUUGUUAUGAUUCUUGACAGUAAAGGCACGAUUGAACAUGAAGGGGACUACUUCCAGUUACAGGAAUCGGGGCUGGAUCUCGAUUCCAUUGAAGAAGAACUGCGAAUUGGAAACGAAAAGUAUUACGCAAUACAUGGAGUCGAGUCGACCACCAAGAAAGAGAGCGAAAAACCCAAAGAGCCAGACAUACGUGAGACUACGAGCUCCAAGCCAGUGGCUGGAAAAGGCUUAGCUUCAGUGACAGAGGAUCGUAGUGUAGGGACGAUAUCUGCAGGUCUUUACUGGAGAUACUUCCGGUCUGGUUUGCACGCUGUUCUACUUAUUCUUCUAAUAUUGUUGUUUUUAGUUGCGCAAGCGUCCAUUAUUUCUCCUAAUCUAUGGCUUGUUCACAUGAGUCGCAUGAAGUGGGUCGAACAGAAACAUAAAGUCAAUCUUAUCAUCUAUGGUGCUUUAGUUGGAGGUGCGCUGUCUCUAGCCAUCAUUAGAGGUCUGCUGUAUUAUAUCACUACUCUACGGUGUUCAGAGACACUACACGACAAGAUGGUCUUGUCUAUAUUAAAAUCACCUGUUCUGUUCUACGACACUAACCCAUCUGGAAGAAUCCUUAACCGCUUCUCGAAAGAUAUUGGCAUCGUCGACGAAUUUCUUCCCCCCACGUCCCUGUUAGCUCUACAGUACAUUCUACAGACACUGGCUUCUAUGUGUGUUACGUGUUCUACGAACUAUUAUGCCAUCAUUGGUGUUAUUCCUAUGAUUAUCGGCUUCUUGCUCAUCAAUAGGUAUUAUCUGAAGACAUCAAGAGAGAUCAAGAGAAUGGAGGCCAUCAGUCAAAGUCCUGUCCUCGCUCACAUAGCAGAUACUCUUGAGGGGAUAUCGCUGAUCAGGACUUACCAUAUGGAGAACAAAUUCAUGGAAAAAUUUAACGAGGUGCAAGAUCAUCGAAGUCAGAUUUGGUUCCUAGUCCCUCACAGCGCACGAUGGAUGGGAAUAAGACUGGACUUUGUGUGCACGGCAUUUGUUGCCAUAGCAACGUUCUCGGGCGUGUCAUUCGAGACUGAUGCAGGAACUCUCGGCCUGUCACUAGUCUACGCCAUCAGUACUGUUGGUCAGCUGCAAUUCGCCAUGAGACAGACAGCUGACGUCGAGAACAUGAUGACGUCAGUAGAACGCGUCAUGACUUACACUGAGCUCGAAGAGGAGACUGGGUACCACAUCAAGAAGAAAGCACCAUCUGAUUGGCCCACGACUGGUGACGUCAAGUUCGAGAAUGUUUCUCUGCAGUACUACGAAGGUGGACCUCAAGUCCUUCAAAAUCUUAACAUAUCGAUCAAAGGAGGCGAAAGAGUGGGAGUAGCAGGACGAACAGGAGCAGGGAAAUCCUCCUUGGUAUCAGCGCUGUUCCGAAUGCCCGACCCAACGGGCCAAAUAGUCAUAGACAACCAACAGAUCCUGGAGCUUAACAUACAAAAUGCACGUCGUGUCAUCUCGGUAAUCACUCAAAACCCCACUCUCUUCAGCGGUCCAUUACGUAACAACCUGGAUCCUUUCUCCAAUUACAAUGACGCGGAAAUCUGGAAUGUUCUGGAUCAAGUUGAGAUGAAAGACAAGGUAGCUGACUUGCCGGGGGAAUUAUAUUUUACGCUCUCAGAGUCUGGAAAUAACUUUGGAGUUGGUGAGAGACAGCUUCUAUGUCUUGCGAGAGCGCUCUUGAAUAAGAAUAAAAUAAUCGUCAUGGAUGAAGCGACAGCGAAUGUUGACUUCAAUACCGACAAGAGCAUUCAAGAGACAAUACGAAGCAAAUUUAAUAAUUGUACUGUCAUAACGAUAGCACAUCGUUUGAACACUAUACUUGAUUAUGAUAAGGUGUUGGUCAUGGAGAAAGGUAGAGCAAUGGAAUUUGGUCAUCCAGAUGAAUUGCUCAAAAAUAAGGACGGUUUAUUGACUGAACUCGUCAGGAAUCAAGCAUCCGCACUCAUGUAGUGGAGUACGUGUGUCUUAAAAUUUAGGGUUUUCCGAGGUUGCGCGGAAACUGGUAGCGAAUAGGGCGCGCGCUGAAUCAUGGGGCUGUCUUAAGGGACACCAUUUUUUCAAUAUGGCAGAAAGUUUGACAAACUCUCUUGAAAACCAGACCGAAAAUGAAAAUAAAUGUGACUAGAUUUGAAAAAUAAAACCUGUCGCCCACUAAAACAGCCCCUUUGAUAUAGAGCGUGUCCUACUCGAACCGGUUUUCGUCCGCGUAUACUCAGAAAGGCCAAUACAAAACACCAAUAUCUCCUACCCCUACCCCUACCCCUACCCCUACCCCCACGGGACAACAAUUGUAGAAGUCUCCAUAGGUCUUGGGGAUAUUGUUGUGUUUUGUUCUAACUAUUUUAUUCACCGCAUCCAAUAACCAACAAAUUCAAUUAGAUAUUUUAAUGUAGAAAAAUAUAGAGCAUUCUUAGUCUUAGUUUGACAAGGUUACUCUAUUUUAAUGGGAUAAACUUAUUCGUUCAAUAUCUUAAGCUUGGGGAUCAAAUUAACGGGAAAGUAUAUGAGAAAUUUCUAUUAGAAAUGAGUUAAAAUGGUGUUCCAUAAGAACGUUAUAUUUUUUAAAGGGAUUUCAAAUGGCAAACUCUUAAAAUCGAUAAAUUAUAUAUUACAAGGCAGUCCGGAAAUUUUAAUCUUCCUACAUUCCCCGAUUACAGAUUUUCCAGAACGUUUAAAAUUUCACUAUUUUUCACAAUCUAUUUAACGGAACUAGAGAGAAAAGUCCAUUCCGGAAUUUCUGGGAUAGACAUUGCUCUUACAAGCUUUCUGAUUCAAUAUUACUGAACUUCGUACGCCUGGACUCUUGGACUCCGGAUCUCGGAUUUUUCCGGAUCACGGUCCGAAGAUGAACUAACUUUUUUUUGCAAAAAGAAAAUAAUGAACAAAUAAUGAGCAAUAUUAGAAUAGUUAGCGGAGGAUUAAAAAAUCCUUCUUUGCGUUUAAUAUUUAAGGGAAAAUAAUACAUGAAGUUCCUACCUAUGUUGGUACAUUGUUAUAGAUGGCUCUAGUUCGUUAGGACAUCAAAUGUUAAUGCUUGUACACAAAACUAUCAAUGACUGAUUGAAUUAACUCAAAUAUAUCCAUUGUAUAUUUGAUACGAAUAAAUGAUAUAAGGUAGAAGUUCUAUUUUUAGUCUUUUUCACUUUUCCCGUUAUAUUUGUUCAAUCUUUGUGAGUAAAUAUAGCAAGAGGCGAAUCUUGUGAUUAAGCGUAUUACGUGAUCAUUUCCCGCCGGACAUGAUCACGCGAUAGACCGUAUGUUUAAGAAAUGCCUAUCGUAAUAAAGCAAAUUCAUUUAAAA